AUGAAUGCCAACGGGGUACCCACGGGCUCUGCCACUGCUUCACCUGCGGAUCUGCAGCAACCGUUGCUUGGGGCCGAAGUGUCUGUUCCGAUAAAAUAUCGGAAAUACGAGGCGAGUUUGACUUUUUCUCAAAGCACACAGCGCCUUUCGAUAAAGCGCACGACACGGAGUGGUAAGACUGUCUGCAUGGUGAAUAUUCCAACGUGGAACAUUGUAAACAUUGUGACCUCUACUGAAGCCCUUGCAGGAAACGGUCGCUGCCGUCGAUCAAAGGCAGCGGCAAGGAAAAGCGAGUGGUCACAAGCGUCUGUUCCGCCGACAUUUCCUCAGACUUUCAAUCCUGCAGACUCUUCCCAGCGGUAUCAGCCAAUAGCCCGAGUGGAGUCCAGCAUCUACCCUGUGUCCCGCGCGGAUUCCUUUUAUUCUUCCACUGCUUUGCCACACUCAAGAACAGCUAGCGGGGCGCGGGGUGGGGCCACCACAUAUUUGGUGUACUACGUUAAGAAAGCAAAAGGGCAGAUACCGAAGAUAUCGACCACAGAGUUCACGGCGGCGACAAGUAUGGCAUACCAACAGGAAGCACACAGCACUGUUCAGUGUAUAUUGAGCGCUAUUUACCCACGAGGGUGUAAAAAAUUGUUGUUCUUCAUUAGUGCCAAGUCGGGUAAAGGCAACGCAUUGAGCAUUUACAAACGUGCUGUUCUCCCGGUGGUGCAGGCAUCGAGGCACGAGUUUCAAGAGAUUAUUACGACGCGUGCACGACACGCGGAGGAUUACGUAGCAGACCUCGGAAAUGAUAUGAGUGACAAGUACGUUGUUGUUGCCGUGGGCGGUGACGGAAUGUUCCACGAACUGGUUAAUGGUUUGAACAGAAGGCGCAAGGCUGCUGCUUGUUGCGGUGCCGACGCUGCGGCGGGGGGGACAGUUGUUGGCCGUUCCAACGGCAGCACGAACGAUUUUUCAUUGGUGGGAGAUGAAACAGAAGUGAGCGGGUCCAGUAAUAACGGCAUUCAACAAAAAGCAUCGCAGGACCAUGAUGCACCAAAUGAUUGGCGAGACGAAACCACCAAUGGUGCAGCAACUAAGUUGUGUACAAGGGGGUUCGCAUACUUGAAGGCCAACAAUAUCGAUUUUUCCCUUCCCGUGGUAACCAAACUGCAGUGCCCGCAAACCUUACCACUUAUUGCCACCAUUCCAGCUGGUAGUGGGUGUGGAAUGGCGAAAACGUUUAAUGUAGACAACAUAAAAGAAAGCGUGCUUGCUCUUGUGCAUCUAAAUGCGUGCUCCAAGAGUACAAUGAAUGUGACUGGCAGCCAAAGGGAAUGUGCUAAAACGCAAAGAGAUUGUGACGGGGCGAAUGGGGUAAGGAAAGGAGGCGUAUCGCGUAGGGGUGAUCAAGUUGGCGUGAAGACAAGGAGCGGCAGGAGUGAGAGAUCAACACAGCACAAUGCUGAGCACGUUGAGCGAGUCGCUUGCAUGUCGUGUUCGUUUGGUAUUAUAAAUGACAUUGACCACGGGUCGGAGAAACUGCGCUGGAUGGGAAAUGCCCGUUUCACUGCGUAUGCGGCAUUUCUUUUGUUGAAAGGGGUGCAAAUGUAUCAGUGUCGGUUGAGGUACUUACCAUGGGUAGGGAAACAGGGACAACAACUGCAGAAGAUUGAACCUUCGGACAAGCUCCCGAACGCAGAGGAGCUUCCUAACUGCACAUACACGGAUCAGUGCCCUCACUGCUCGCAGUACAAAGUAGCAACGGAGUCUGCCUCCAGAGUUGACUGCGUGGCUUCCACUCUCACUUCUUUUCCUACUCUUGUCAACGAAGAGUGCAGCGUGCCAGCGGUGGAAGGUAAGGGUAAACACUCGCUUCCGUCUGAUUCCAAUGACUCUAUCACCCAACCGAUGCCUUCGCAAGAAGAACAGAGCGUAGACUUUGAAGAUGAUAGCCUUUCAUGGGUGACAGUUGAGGGUAAGUUUCUCAGUAUAUUUAUCAGCAAUAUACCAAACGCCUCAAAGGACGCCAUCAUGACGCCUUAUGCACAUUUAAACGACAACUCUAUCGAUGUUGCAUUCGUUGUAGAAAAAUCGAGGAAGGUUGGUCGAAGUGAUUUUGUGAAUAUUUUCACCCGUGUGGAAAAGGGUGAUCACGUCAAGUUGCCUUUCGUUAGUUAUGUGAAAGCACGCGCCAUUGAGCUGGAGGCAAUUGAGGGGGAUAUUAUGAUUGACGGUGAGGUACUACCAGUGAACAGAGUGAGAAUCGAGCCACAAUCCCGAACAUAUGAAAUCGUGCGCGGCCUGAGUUUGCCUGGGAAGUAG